UGGCAGCCCAGGUCGCUCCGUAGCCGUCCCCCCUUGGAUGUAACCAUGUAGAAGCGAAGGGGUGGAAUUGGAAAGGAGACGAGGACAGCUGCCGCUUAUUACCGGUGUCCACUCGGACUCAGAUGCAGCGGGAAGCCGGAAUGGAGCGAAUGGGGAUGGAGCCAGUGGUGCCAUGGGUGCCUCCGCUGGGAACUCUGGUCGAUGCCCGACGCGGUUUAAAGGGAGAAAUAUGAGUGGGCAAGUGGCAUCAACAUUGGGACCUACAGGUCAAGAUUCUCCCCAGCUGGGUGAACCUGUGGUUGACCAGCAGCCCAGUGUUGAGCAACCUCAACAAGAGGAACCACCAGCUGAGAAUCUGGAUAUCACACCUGGAAUGGAGGAAGUCAGUGGAGAGGAUCCAGUGAAUCAUGGUGAAGAGAAGGAGAAGGAUGCCCCUGGAGAUUCUGACCUGGAAACUGAUCUCCAGGAAUUGGCUGUGUCUAAGACUGGGGGUCAAGGCGGAGAUGGUCCUGAUAUCAAGGAGGAGAUUGCAUCAAAUACAGAGACUGUUGAAAUGCCAGAGGAGAUCCAUCAUAGUGUUUCAUGCGGAUGGACAUGUUGAUCUGCCUUCUGAUCCACAGAAGACUAGACACUGCACUGUAUUCCAGAUUGGGAGUCAGAUACCACACCUGUCUGUUUCUCUCUGGCCUGGGCAGCCAUCUGACUCAGCUCUUGCCAGCUUGCAGGAUCUUGAUUCAUGGGCCAGAGAUCAGGCUUGAGCUCCUGUGGGGGGAGCACCGAGUCCAGAUUGCUGGACUAACAGAGACACUCAGACCCCACUGAGUGAGGUCCCCUGGAGGUCCACAUCUCAACACCUCGACCUGGCUCUACCAAACUGCCUGCAAACUCCAGUGCUAGAAAUCUCAGGCCAAACAAUCAGUGAGAGAGGAGCAGAGUCCCAUCCAUCAGCAGAAAAUGAUAUGACCAAAAAUAUGUUACAGACAAAGGAGCAAGGUCAUAAACCACAAAACCACGUAAAUGAGGAGGAAAUAGGGAAAAUACCUGAAAAGCAAUUUAGAGUAAA